AGAUUAGUAGUAGUGGUGGGGCCGAGACGGUCACUCGGUCAGUCGCACGCGUUCCUCGCGACAUGGCGGACGGGGCUUCAGACGCGGCGCCGCCGGCGCUGCGCGCGCUGCUCGACGACGUCGCCCGCGGCCAGGACUACCGCGACCACCGCGUCGCCGUCACUCCUCUCUCCACCGGCGGCGGGAACUACACCUCCGAGCUCUUCCUCAUCACCAUAGCGGCGCCCGCCCGCGAGGACCUGCGCCUCUUCGCCAAGGUAGCCAACAUCAACGGAAAAAUGCGCAACGACGCGCCCAUCACAAAGUUCUACGAGACCGAGAGAUUCGUCUACGGGACGCUGGUGCACGUCUAUCGGAAACUGGAGGAGAACAACUCGGUGCCGGCCGAGCACCGGCUCUACUUCCCGAAAUACUACGGCUGCAAUCCGAACGUGUUCGAGGAGACGAUCGUGCUGGAGGACCUGGGCGCGCGCGGGUUCGGCACGCACGACCGCCUCGAGUCGAUCGACUGGCCGUACGCGGCCGCCGCCGUGGCCGAGCUGGCCAAGCUCCACGCGCUGUCCUUCGCGUACGAGCACGACAACCCGGAGGAGUUCGCGCGGGUGCUGACGGAGCGGAGCUUCGAGUUCGGGUCGGACGAGGAGAAGAUGAAGGGCGUGUGGGAGAGCAUGGUGCGCGGCGCGGUGGGCGCGUGCGGCGAGCGGCACCGCGCGCGGCUGGGGCGCUACCUGGCCGAGAACGCCACGCGCGUGCGCGACUACUACGAGCCGCUGCGGCGGCCCGUGCUGGUGCACGGCGACUACCGCCCCAGCAACCUCAUGCACAGGCUCAAACCAGACGGCGCAGUGGAGGUGGUGCCGGUGGACUGGCAGACGGUGCGCGCGGGCUGCGCGGCCACCGACCUGCUGUACCUGGUGUUCGCCGGCUCGGACGCGGCCUUCCGCGCGCAACACUACACCCGGCUAGUGGACGAGUACUACGCGCAGCUGCAAGCGGCGCUGCGGCGGCUGCAGCUCGACCCCGACAUGCUCUACCCGAGGGCGGACUUUGAUUAUGAACUUCAACAGGAAGAGGCGCGACGCGUGUGUCCAGUCCGUGGCCUUAGGGUACUAGCACCAUCGCAGUGA